AUACGCUUUACCACUGAAUUCAUUUUAACAGAAGCAAUUAAACGAAGAAAAACCAUUUAAGUUUUAAACACGGUAGAACAGUAUUCGAAUAUUUUCGCAUUUGAAAAAAAAAUACAAACAAUAAUGAAUUUUAAAAAUUGUGUUAUGCUUUUAUACUUAUUUGUCCAUUUGUAUACAUCAAAAGCAAGAAUUCGCAAAAAUCCACAGAAAUUAGCCGAACUAUAUAGAAGUGUUUCAGAAGAACACCCUUUAGGUGUUAAUUUGUUUGACGUAGAAAAUUAUAUAAAAAAACCAAAGGUGCGCAAGGAAUUUAGAAUUUCUAUAUUGGAUAAACAAAAGAUACAAGAAUCCCGGUUUGUUGGGGAAAUUUCGGAAGAGCAAUUUGUGGCAGUAAUAACAUCAAAGUUUACUUAUUGGCAACUCGAAAAAAUGUAUAUUAAAAUCUCAAAAGCUGUAAAGGAUGAUUGCCUAGUAACCAAGGAAAGAGUAAAAUGGUUUUUACUGAAGAAACGACUCCUAUAUAGACUAAGUAAAAAGGAAAUCGAAGCGUUAGUUAAACCAAUGAAGGAUGAUGCUAUGACAUUUGGCGAAUUUCGUAGAUUCAUGGUUUUCAAAAAAUAA